CUUGAGAUCAGAAUUCACAAAAUUGAAGCCAUGAAUCACAUAGAGUACGGCAUCCCUCUCUACGGCGUCGGCUGGGUUCCCAACGGAGCUCAACCACCGGAGACCGAGUCGACUCAGUCAGUUCCCGACUCCAGCCACAUCGUGUUGACCGGCGGUGGCGGCGAGGGCAGCACCGGCGUCAAGAACGCUGUCCUUGUCGUCCGAUUCGAUCCCUCCGCGACUUCCAUCUCGCAUGAGCCGGUGGCGGAGCUGAGGUUAGGCUCUGAGCUACCUUAUAGGAUGGCGGUUCAUCCCGACGGGCUCAUUUGUUCGUUUCCGGAAAGCUGCAGUUGGUUUGAAUGGGAGAAAGAAUUGGGGGAUGGAGCUUAUAAGCUGAGUGUGAGGCGAUCUGAUAGAGUACUUGAGCAAUUGCAGAACGUAGGGCAACAAUUGGCGCUGGCGUUUAACAAAGAAGGUUCCAUGCUCGCCACCGGAGGCGAGGAUGGAAAGUUGAGGGUUUUCAAGUGGCCCAGCAUGGAAAUUAUGUUCACUGAAGAUCAAGCUCAUAAAACAGUCAAGCAGAUUGAUUUCAGCCAUGAUGGGAAAUUUCUUGUCUCCUUGGGACAAAGUGGCCCUGGUAGAGUCUGGGAUGUGAGUUCUGCUGCAGUUGUAGCUACUUUAAAGACUGAAAAGAAUGAGGUCUUCUGUGCAUGCAAAUUUUCUCUAGUGAACAAUGGGAGUCAAGUUCUACAUCUUGCAGAUAAAGAUGGAAUUAUUGUAACAUGGAACACAACCACAUGGAAGAGGGUUCGAUCCAAGCGAAUUACUCGAGAUGGCAUCAUGUCCUUCGAUGUUUCAGCUGAUGGAAAGCUCCUUGCAUGCGGGACAACUGCUGGAGAUCUUUUAAUACUAAAGUCAGCUGGAUUGCAGAUUCAUAAAGUUGUCCCUAAAGCACACUCUGGGUUCGUAACUGCAUUGAGUUUUUCUCAUGAUUCAAGAGUAUUGGCUUCUGCAUCGAUGGACUCAAGUGCAAGGGUGUCCACAGUUGAGGAGGUGAAGAAAAAGGGAGUGAACUUAUGGGUUGUUAUACUCAUAAUCCUAGUAUCCAUUCUUGCAUAUUUCCUAAAUGAUCCUGAGAGCUGGACAAUGUUGAAGUCUGAAUUGGAGAAAUUUUACAGCUCGUGGCGUUAAGGACUUAAAAAUUCUCAUCAUGGUGUACCAGUACAGUGGUGAUUUUGAUAGCCUGUUAUAGUAUAAUAGCUGGGGUGGGAUGUUUAGGUCCACUCAACCCCAACCCAUUUGUAGUAUGAGAUAAAGUGAUAAUCAGAAACUCUUCGAAUUGUUGAUAUCAUCUCCUUUUCAAUUGUUCUCUUCUGCCCAGAACAUCAAGUUUGUCACCAAAAAGAACGGAACAAAAGCCUCUUGUAUUUUCAUAUUAUAUGAUUAGAUUAUUUUUUAUGUGUUU